UUCCGAUCACAUCUCCAUCUAUCCAUCUACUCACCACCCUUCACUUCACACCCGCCCUUGCGCCCUCAGCUGUGAGACUAAACUAUCUCAGCCCCCCUUUCCUGUCCCUCAUAACUGCGCAAGGGAUCAAAUCAAUUGGACAUUCGGACCAGGACAGACCGACGUUAUACCUUACUGCCAGCAACAGUCAGUCAGUACUAGCGCGGGGGAAACAUACCCAGUGUGUCAUCAUGGACACCAAGAAGCGACCCAACGAAGAUAGCCUGAAACCAGGACCAGAGUCAUCAUCCUUGGCAGGACUCGCAGAAGGCUUGGUCAGCAUGGAUACAGGAAAGACGGGCCACGCAAUAUCAACACUGAUGGAUGUGGAUGCUGCCAAUAGGGAGUCCUCCUCAGCCCUCACAACCCCGGCACCAAAUGCAACGGCAGUGUCUUCAGACGCUUUACAGCCAUCAAAUGAAGCCAACAAAAGAAUCAAACUGACGAUUGACGCCGAUAAAUCUGGAGCAGAGUACUCGCCUUCGCUGGACGUGGCCGAUCCCUCCGAAGAAUCAAAAGGGCUCGCAGAGUGGGUCGAGAAAAUGGAUGACGAUGACAAUAAGGAGAAGAACGAUGUGGAGUCAGCAGCCGAGCCAGUACUGCCAUCAACAAAAGCCGUUUCAGCAGCAGUCAGUCAAGAUGGCGAGAUGUCAAAGUCCGAGGCCAACGCUGAUGCUGCGACAACUUUGCCUAACCCUAGCACCACUCCGAGUCACAAUCUUGUACACGCGCUCGUAACAGCAGAGGCAGCACCUAGCGCUUCUGAACUCACAGGAUCCAUCCUGGCGGUGGCCUCCCUCUCAGAGCCACUUGUGACGACACUGGAGACACUUGAGACUGGGAUUCAGACAGUAGAUAGCAAGGCUGUCUCGCAGCCAACAGAGGCCGCGACCAUUCCAGCCGACAAUUCUCCAUUGUCUUUGAUAUCAACAAGUGUGACGAAGGACUCUGAGGCCCUGACGGCUAUUAAUGACAAGACUGGAACGCAGGAACAGACACAGGACGUAAAUGAGGAAUCUAUUACUCAGAGCACAAAAGAAGAUGCCAUACCAAAUGCCCCUAAUGGCGCUGACCCUUCAGAGAAAGAGUCAAACCAGUCUUCAUCCGAGAAUCGGCAACACAGUCAAGCGGAGCGACCCCAGAGUCCUACCGCAGGCCGGACACCACCAGAGCAUACUCUACCUCCCCUCAGUUCCCUCUCGACUACACCGGCCUUGUCGGAUCCACUGCAGAACACCAGACCAUCACGGAGUACCAUGUCUGUUUCUGCGCUUCUUCUUAACAACGACGACGAUAGUGAGCAGGAGCAAGAGCGUGAGAGACGCAUGUCGAGAAACAUUUUCGAUCAGUUUGAAAUACCCCACCCGGACUCCUCAUCGAUCACGUCAAUAUCCACCAUACAGAAGGUACCGCAAUCAUCUACGCCAUCUAUUCCCCCUCCGCAGCGGCAUUCACCGGCACUCUCAUCACCCUCGGCUACACAGGCCCAAUUGGCGACGUCGGGACAGGCAGCGCCGCCAUCGAUUUCACCGCGCCCAACAGGAGCCGCCGGAAAUGCACUUCGCAGUCGCGAUCAAGUGGAUAGUCAGCCGAUGAACCAGAAUCAAGCGGGAUUCAACCGCGCAGUAACAGAGAACAAUCAAUCUUCAGGACGCAGACAGGAUCCAACCAGAGCAACGCCUAGCAAGGACUACCCGGCGGAUGAGGUCAUGGAGUCUGGUGGCAUAGGAUUAUUUGGCAGCCAACGUCAUCGCCUGGCCUCACCAGUCGGCGUCCGACCGCUGCAGGAACCGAUCAACGGGCUGGGCGGUGCUGGACCUGUUAAUGGCAAGCUGCCUGGGUUGGUAUCUGUUACGAGCAUAGCCUCAACCCAUAUACAUGAUCCUCAUGGUCAUCCUGGGUCUUCAUAUAGGGGUGAGAGUUCGCAUGGGCUCAUGGCUGGGCGAUCAAGUCCCUACUCAGCGGGACAGCACGCAACCGCUUCUCAUCCACCGACAGUCAAUGGUCACCUGCACUAUCCAUCCACAGGUCAUACUGGACACCAUUCAGGCAUAGCUCCAGCAGCCCCUAUAGCUUCCAUGACAUCCGCAUCUACUUCAGCUUUGGCUCAGCAUCCGCGUUUGAUCGUCAAAAACGACCCCAGCCUUACAAAGAGCGACCGUCCUGAGUUCUUCUUGGGUUAUUAUCGCUAUGAACCCUCGCUGCUUCUGCCAGACAUGCAAGGCAAGGAGAAUUCGCUGCUUGAAGUCCGCAUUGCGUCCUCAUAUCUGACAUAUGAUAAUAUCAAAGUGAAGAGGCGCGAGAUUUGGGGCACAGACAUAUAUACAGAUGACUCUGACGUUGUUGCGAUGUUAAUCCAUGGAGGACUCUUUAUACCGCCCAUCAGCGCACAGAGUACAGAGGAGGAUUCUAUUCGUCCUACAGGUCAACAGCACAACUUUGCGCCCGACCCAAUCAAACACAUUUGCCCUGGCUUCGACCUUGCUGUUACGCUACGUAUUUUGCCCAAACUGGUUAAAUACCAGGGAUCGAUCCGUAACCGCAUCAAAAGUCGCACCUGGAGCACCGGGCAUGAUGGAGUUAGUUUCAAGAUCGAGUCCAUCCGGAAGAUGUGUCCUGGUGAGGCACUGAACCGAGGUCGUAGUCAGAGUAAGCAACGUAUGAAGGAAUAUAAUCAGGAACGCCUGCGUGUUUUAGCCAACAUCCACGACGAAACUACGGAGAGCCUGCAAAACGAGAAAGCUAUGCGCACAGCCACUUUUGAAUUUACGCAUCAAGGAGACCCAUGUAUUCACCGGAGCUGGUCAUGGACCGGCACGAUGGGCUUUCGCGCAAAUGGACAAGUUGGAGGCUGAAAAAUGAAGUUCUGAUACUGGAGAACGACGAGGAGCGCUAUGAGAUUUCGCUGCAGCACCAAGCAGGGACAGAUGCCAGGCGAUUUGAUCAGUACCGCUUUGCUGUCAUUUCUGGUCGGACGUCGCUUUCAAGCUGGAGUAAGGCGACCUAUCCUUUAGAUUUCGGAAACCUGGCAGAAGUGCUGUACGAGGACCUAGAUUGGCAGGAUUUUGAAUGGGUCGAGCGCGGU